AUGGAAACCGAAGGAGACAUUAAAGGUUUGGCAAUUCCUACUGACAUUCAUUUAACUAAGCUUGCUAGCCGUCAGGAAGUAAUGGAAGCUUUAAAAACUGGUUCCGUUGGAAAUGUGUUUAAACUGCUUAUUAAACUAAUUAAAGGUAAGACAAUUACCAGAAAAACUGAUAUUAAAGAUGGUUCGGGAACUAUUACUGAGCAGGAAGGAUAUAAUGAGCAAACAGACCCUAAGACAGAAAUAAAGCAACUUCUCAAUGAUGUCUUAGGUGGAAAAAUAUUUUUAACUGUUGGACCCGAAGAGCAUGAUAAAGGAAGUGCUUUUUUUUCGACAAUGAAUUCUUAUGAAGAAAUAUUGUUAAAAGAAGAUGCAGGAACAGAAAAAGAACAGAAAUUUUACCUUUUUAAUAAUAUUACCAUGACUGCCAAUGGCCAGCAUUUAGGAAUUAGGGUAAAAUGCAAGUCUUGUGAUAACUAUGCCGAAGGAGGAAAAAAUGAUUGUAAAUGCUCAAAAGAGACCCAAGAUAUUGUUUUUGUUUUACCUUACAAGCUAUUCAUCAAUCAUGCUCCCGGUGUUUUAGUUUAUCGCACAGGAGUAGGAAUUAAUCCUAAGGGAAUUUUUGUUGAUGGUUUGGAAAAUACAAUAGACAAAAUUAAAGAAAGUCCUACCAAGGAUGCCCAAACUGAAAGAAUGUUUAAAUCAACUUUGUUUGAUGCUUUUAAUAAAUCUAUUGAGCCAGCUAUGUUCCACGGAAACACGAUUGAUUUCCACUAUACCCUACACGAAUUUUUCACUCGUCUAAUUGAACCCUUAUUCUUUUACCGUAUUCAUGUUAGUGAAAUUUUGUUUAAUAACCUUGAUACUUUUGAAGCUGAGGAACAUUAUCGGGAAAAAGAAAUAACCGAAACCGUCGAAACCAAGAAAACCGACCAUGCCGACAGUUUUGAUAAUAUAACCAAGCAUGAUAACAUGGUAUUAUUCACUACUCCACCUUACAUUAAAAACAGCGGAGGAAGUGAUGUUUUAUUAAGUUUAUUACAACAAACCCCUAACUGA